AUGGCCAAGAAGUUGGCCACAGAAAUACGCUACCAGCUGACCCAGGAGGAGCAGCUGUUCAACUUCAGGAAGACCGACACUCCCCCGAUCCUUCUCAUUCUCGACCGUCGCGACGACCCCAUCACGCCGCUGCUUACACAAUGGACCUACCAGGCCAUGGUCCAUGAGCUUAUCGGGAUCAACAACGGAAGGGUGGACUUGAGUGAUGUUCCCGACAUCCGGCCAGAGCUGAAGGAGAUCGUGUUAUCCCAGGAUCAGGAUCCGUUCUUUAAGAAGAAUAUGUAUCAAAACUUUGGGGAUCUGGGUGGAAAUAUCAAGGAAUACGUCGAACAGUACCAAGUGAAGACAAAGAACAACAUGAACAUCGAGUCAAUUGCGGAUAUGAAACGUUUUGUUGAAGACUACCCCGAGUUCCGCAAGCUGUCGGGGAACGUCAGCAAGCAUGUCACUCUCGUGAGUGAACUUAGCCGGAGGGUAGGCGAGGAUAACCUUCUGGACGUGAGCGAGUUAGAGCAAAGUCUGGCAUGUAAUGAUAACCAUGCCAGCGAUCUCCGAGCUCUACAAAGGAUAAUCCCGCUCCCGAACGUCCCUGCUGAAAACAAGAUCCGUCUAGUAGCCCUAUACGCUAUUCGCUACGAGAAACAACCAUCAAACUCUCUUCCUCUCUUACUCGACCUGCUCGCCACUGCCGGCAACGUUCCUCGUCAUCGAAUCAAUAUUAUCCCAAAGCUCUUGGCAUAUCACCAUUCGCUGCAGGCACCUCCUGUUGCCGGUGGCUUCUCCGAUCUUUUUGAGUCGACAUCGUUCUUCUCGGGUGCCCGAGAUCGCUUCAAGGGCCUUAAAGGCGUCGAGAACGUCUACACCCAGCAUUCGCCCCGACUAGAAGCGACAUUGCAGAACCUGAUCAGGGGGAAAUUGAAAGAAUUGCAGUACCCAUUCCUCGAGGGCGGCGGUCACACGAAGGAUAAGCCCCAGGACAUUAUCGUCUUCAUGGUGGGCGGCGCUACGUACGAGGAAGCCAAAACGGUUGCUCAGGUCAACGCCAGCUCACCCGGAGUCCGUGUGGUUCUAGGAGCCACUACAAUCCAUAAUAGCACGACAUUCCUGGAGGAAGUGGAUGAUGCUGUAGGCAACUGGCCUGAGCCUUCUCCAACCACACCAGCGGGUCGAUUACGGAGGGAAAUCGGACGAUAA